UUAUGGUUAAUAACAAAAUGAAUCUCAAGCCUUUUAUUCUGCUGUGUUUUCUGUCCGCGGUGGUUGUCAUCGCUGCGGUUGUGGCUGAUGAUCCACCUCUAGAAAAGGGAAAUGCUCCAGGAAUGAGUGGAAUUGACGAGAAAUUUACUGGAAGCGAUGACGAGCAGGGACUCUUUUUUAGCGGUAGGAAACUCGUGUCAAAUUAUGGUACCGAUCAUUGUAGAGGAAAGGGAGGAAAAGGAGGUGGCGGAUACAGUGGUGGUUGUAGUGGUGGAUGCCGAGGAAGAGGUGGUAGUGCUGGAGGAGGAGGAGGAGGAGGAGGAGGAGGUGGUGGUGGCGGUGGUGGCAGUGGAAGAGGGGGAGGAGGUGGGGGAGGCGGUGGAGGUGGAGGAGGUGGUGGAGGUGGGGGAGGUGGUGGAGGUGGUGGAGGUGGGAGAGGUUGGGGAGGUGGUGGAGGUUGGGGAAGUGGUGGAAGCCAAGGGGGAGGAAGUAGUGCCGGUGGUGGCAGUGGAAGAGGAGGUUGUGGAAGCCAUGGAGGAGGAGGCAUUGCUGGUGGCGGUAGUGGAAACGGAUGUGGUAAAGGAGGAAAAGGUGGCGGAGAAGGAGGAGGAGGAUAUUGAAAGAGUAAUGAGAUGCAGAAUAAAGGAGUUGGUGCAUAUGAAACCAAAGUCCAAAGUUAGACAACUACUUAGUUCUUUCUCGAACUUAAAUGUAGCUUUCAAUGAGAUAAUUGGUUUCAUUCUCCCCUAUUCUUGUAAUAUUUUAACUUCAUAUAUUGAAUCAAUAUAAUAUAUAUUUAUACAAGGAA